ACCCCCUUCUCCAGUCUCCACACAACCUGCUCGCUCUCCCGCACCCGCAUCGCGAUUCCCUUGUCCAAGCUUCGCUAGGGUUGGGGUUUGGCCUCCGUCUGCCCCGUCGAUGGCUGCUGCGGCGGCCGCGCGUCAGAGGUGAGGCGAGGCGAGUCGCGUGGUUGAUUGGUUCGAGGAGGAGGAGGAAGCAGAGGGAUGGACCCGGACUUCUCGCGGGCGAGCGGGGGGCCGAGCUUCGAGUUCGCCUUCAACUCGGUCAACUUCUCGGACCGGGUGCUGCAGAUCGAGAUUGUCGCCGGGGACGAUGCCCCCGGGGCCAAGGGCGCCGCCGGCGAGGGCUGCUCAUCGCUCGCCGACUGGGCGCGCCAACGCAAGCGGCGACGGGAGGAGCUCCGACGCGGCAAAGAAUCGGGAGCAAACUGCAAAGUUGAAGCUGAAGAAUGUGAUACCUAUGAGGAAGGCAAUGAGGAGCCUGUAGCUAUGAUAGAAGAAUCUCCACCUGAUAUUAAGCAAGAUGGUGAGGAUGGAGAAAGCAGUGAUUCAUCCUGGAGUAUGGAAUGUACUCAGAUUUUGAAAGUAAAGUCUAUCUAUAUCAGCUCUGCAAUUUUAGCUGCAAAGAGCCCUUUCUUUUACAAGCUUUUCUCAAAUGGAAUGAAAGAAUCUGAUCAGAGGCAUGCGACUCUUAGAAUAACUGCUUCAGGGUUUAGGGUGGGGGAGAGGUUAUCCAUAUGGAUGGAUAUGCACUAAGGAUGAGGUGCAAGAUUUGGGAGGUGUUGCAGGAUUGACCCUAGAAGAAUUAAGUUCCAGUCUAUUGAAGUUCCAUGUAUAGGAAGUGCAAUACAUUGGACUGGUGAAGUGGUGAUGGAUGAAUGUCAGUCUUUUGAAGCGCGUCAGCUGAUGAGAUCGAGGACGCCGGAGAGGAUGCAUUCGAUGAGUUCAUGUUUUUUCAUAGUGGAAUUGUUUGAACAGCAAAAAAGGGGAACAACCAAAAAGGGUUGAGAUCGAGGAUGCGGGAGAGGAUGCAUUCGAGUUCAUGUUCCAGGGCGAACAGGAACAUAAGCUAGAAUGCACCCGCCCCCGAUCCUCGAACUCAUCCUGGCACCUGUAAGCACCUCUCCCUAUUUAAGUCAGUCUUCAUCUCCUUUGCUCAGCGGUACGGUACUAAAGUUCAAGUCCUGGAAAAAAAUCUCAAAGAACGCUUUGUUUGUUUAUUCUAGGGCCACUGCCGGUUCCUGUAAAGAACCGGCAGUGAAUGUUUCACUGCCGGUUAUUGUGCACAACCGGCUGUGAAUUCAUAUGUCACUGCCGGUUUGACGGGAUUCCCCCAAUUUUUUUGGCGCGCCCCCGAUUGAACCGGCAGUGAGGUUGGUUCAAUGCCGGCUCCCGCCGAACCGGCACUGAUGAGCCGGCAUUGAUGACCAGUUCUGUGGUAGUGUUAAGAGCGGAGCUUUCGAAUGACAAUGUAAAGGGAUCCAGCUAGUUUAGUGGUCUCGUGAAAUGAUUUUUGGAUAUCUAUUAUGACUGUUGGACCCAGGAUUACAAGAUGUCAACAAGUCACAGGGAUCUUGCAUUCACGUCCAUGCAACACCACAGAGAACAAAAACAUGGCGAGCACUAGCUAACAAGUUCAUGUAGACUAUAUCAAUAUGCACACCGGUACCCAUUCUUUUGAAAACAGGAUAAUUAUUGAGGCACAAUUUUGUCCAAGGAAUCAGAGAUCCACUUCAUUUUGAUUGACUUGGUAAUUAACUCAUUAGAGACGAUGUCUUCAUCCUUAUUUGAAAGAAUGUUUACGCCAUUUCACUAGUGAAGUCAUCAGCAGUAAUACUUCACUGUUAGUUGGUAACUAACGACAAAUUAGUAGCUGGUCCACUUCUUGUACGAUCAAAGAAAAAACUCCUUCACUGUUCAUCUCCCAGGCAUGGAACACAAUGGUGUGUUGUUGUAUAUUUGCAUUAAAUUCAUUAUUUCUUCAUUUGCGGCAAGAGCUGUGAUUA